AUGAAGUAUGGUUCUUCCUCAGGUGAUCCUGACUCAAAUCGCCAUUUGCUGGGUGAGAAGUACAAGUGGAAAUUUAAUCCUGUAAAGAACAUCAAGGAUGGAAACAGAGCUAUUGGUGUUAAACAGACUAUGAAGCUGAUGGACAUCACCCUAGCUAUUCGUCCUCUAAGGACUGCAUGGACCAUGGUGGAAUACAAGAAGUCAGCGAAUGAUGAUAUGAUAGCCUUGUGA